CGAUAAUAAUUGAACUGUGUAUAUUCAAGAUAACGUCAUGCUAGCUAUAUAAGUCCCUGUCGAGUUCUUCUUGGCAUCACAUCGUAUCGAAAACCACGACAAAUAUUAGCCAAAUCAUGCGCCGCUGGAGCAACACCAACAGAAUUAACGGUACCCACCACCAACAUCCUCCGUCCAAUGGUGGAAACGGGAAUGGUAAAGGAAAACCGAAGCCCGUCGCGGGAAGUAUGGAUCAUGAAAAUCGCGAAAAUUACGAGUUUGGAAAGUACGGUUACGGCAAAAAUCACGUAAAGCUGUUACACGUUUUUCGUGAAGGCCCCCUACAUACAAUCAGGGAGUUCGAGGUCGACACCCAUUUAAAGUUGACCACGCAGAAAGAUUACCUCGACGGCAAUAAUCAGGACAUCAUCGCGACGGACACUCAAAAAAACACAGUUUACGUGUUGGCUAAGAAGCACGGAAUCAAAACUCCUGAAGAAUUUGGUUUGCUGAUCUGCAGCCAUUUCCUGUACAUGUACAGACACGUGGAGGAGGUGGAGGUGAACCUCGAAGAGUAUCCCUGGGAAAGAUUGCAGGCGGAUGGACAAGAGCAUAAUCACGCCUUCCUUUUUUCUCCCAAUGCGAUCAGAUUUGCAACCGUUAGUCAAAAAAGAAAUGAAUCCCCGCUUAUUAUUGGAGGGCUGAAGGGACUCCGCGUUUUAAAAACAACACAGUCCGCCUUCACCGAUUUUUAUCAGGAUGGUUAUCGAACUCUACCAGACGAUAACGACAGAAUAUUUAGCACCGUUGUCACAGCAACGUGGGAAUUUUCAACGGCAAACGGAGUCGACUUCGACGACGUUUGGAUUACCAUUAAAAAUUGCAUAUUUGACAAAUUCGCGGGCCCGCCCGACAAAGGAAUAUUCUCACCUUCAGUACAAAAUACACUAUAUCUCGCGGAGAAGAUGGCGUUAGACAAAAUUCCUCAGAUAAGCCGCAUACAAAUGCAAAUGCCCAACAAGCACUAUCUGAACGUGGACAUGAGCAAAUUUCCGCCGAGUAUAUUGGAAAAUAACGAGAAUAAAGAAGUUUAUCAUCCCAUCGACAAACCUUCGGGGAUUAUAUACGCAGAGUUGCUAAGAAAAAAUCUAAUGUCCAAAUUGUGAUUUAUAAGUAUUGUUUUUAUGAUGAUUUAGUAUUGUUCAAUGUACGUUUUAAGUUAUUUAUUUUAUUAUAGGCUAUUAUAGGGUAAAUAAAUCUAGAACCAUCUUUUUUCAUA